CGCGAUGACCUAGUUCUACGUGCGCCUCGUUUUCAAACCAACAGAGUGAGGAUGCGCUCGGAGCGCCGUGAAUCCCACAAGAGAGCACCGCGGAUAUAGGAUUCCAGGCAGACCUUAGGAGGCAAGAGCUACAACCAAAAUAUUUUUACGCCCCUUCUACGCCUCCCACCCAUAUGCUACCCUGCGAUUGGAGCACAGACCGGCGGAUCCAAGCGGUGGAUGCCGGGUCCUUUGUGUGCCACCGGUGUAGCCGACCUGUGGUCCCUUUGCUGUCAUCCAUGCGCUACCAUCGGGCUCUCUAAACAGACCGCCCUUUCGAGCGACGUCAUUUUACAGUUUAGUAAGCGACGAAUUCAAACUGUGCACAGAUCUGUCCUCUCACAACACUGACAAGGUCAGCAUUCAAGGACUACGCUUGGAUACUUCUGCAAGAGUGAGCAGGGCCAAAGAUGCCACCCCCUGUAGGACCCCCAGCGGUGCCCCCGCCUGACGGAGGCUGGGGCUGGGCCGUCGUGGCCGGAUCCUUCAUCUCCAUCGGCUUCUCCUACGCCUUCCCCAAGGCCACCACCGUCUUCUUCAAGGACAUCCAGACCAUCUUCGACGCCUCCUACAGCCAGGUGGCGUGGAUCUCCUCCAUCAUGCUGGCUGUCAUGUACGCUGGAGGCCCCAUAAGCAGUAUAUUGGUGAACAAAUUUGGCUGCCGACCCAUCAUCAUAAUGGGAGGCAUGCUGUCUUCCUUCGCUAUGAUUCUGGCGUCCUUCUGUCAGACCGUCGUCCAGCUUUAUCUGUGUAUCGGCGUUCUGGGGGGUCUCGGCCUAGCCUUCAACCUGCAGCCUGCUCUGACCAUGAUCGGCAAGUACUUCUACAAGAAGCGGCCCAUCGCUAACGGCAUGGCCAUGGCGGGCAGCCCGGUGUUCCUCAGCACGCUGGCACCGCUCAACCAGUACCUCAUCAACUCCUUCGGCUGGCGCGGCAGCUUCCUCAUCCUCGGCGGGCUCCUGCUCAACUGCUGUGUGGCCGGGGCACUCAUGAGGCCCCUGAUGCCCCCACCCGGACAGAAGAAGAAAGACGAGGAGGCGCCGGUGCCCGCCGUCACCAGCACCGAGAAGGUGAGCUGCUUCCAGACGGUCAACAAGUACCUGGACCUGUCGCUGUUCAAGCACCGCGGCUUCCUCAUCUACCUGUCGGGCAACGUCAUCAUGUUUGUCGGCUUCUUUGCGCCCAUCGUCUUCCUGGCGCCGUACGCCAAGGACACGGGUGUGGACCAGUACUCGGCCGCCUUCCUGCUCUCCAUCCUGGCCUUCGUAGACAUGUUCGCGCGGCCCUCCAUGGGCCUGCUAGCCAACUCGCGCUGGGUGCGCCCGCGCAUCCAAUACUUCUUCAGCUUCGCUGUGCUCUACAACGGCGUGUGCCACAUCCUGUGUCCGUUUGCCGAGACCUACACAGGCAUGGUGGUGUACGCCAUCUUCUUUGGCUUUGCCUUCGGGAUGGUCAGUGCUGUGCUGUUCGAGACGCUCAUGGACCUGGUCGGGGCGCAGAGGUUCUCCAGUGCUGUCGGGCUCACCACCAUCGUGGAGUGCUGCCCAGUGCUGAUUGGACCACCUCUUGCUGGCAAACUGGUGGACGUCACCGGCAACUACAAGUACAUGUACUUCUGCUGUGGCGUGGUGGUGAUCUUUGCCAGCAUCUGGCUCUUCAUCGGCAACUUCAUCAACUACCGGCUGCUGGAAAAAGAGCGCAAGGAGGCGGAGAUGUACAAUCGUGCUGAGACAGAGGACCCUGAUCGCGACCACGACGCCAAGGAGGCUGAUGGGAAUGCCACUGCUUCGGAGCCGCUGUCAGACAAACCUGACGGUGCCAUGCAGCGCGAGACCAACAUUUAGACUGGUUGGUUAUUUCUGAUAUUUUUUUUUUUAUGAAGAGAUUUUUUUGAAGACCACCUUCAGCCACACACACACACACACACACACAAACCCCUCUUUCUCUCUUGCUCUAUCUCUCUGAACUGUGAUUAGGGGACAGUGUGUUGUGGGUGGGUCUGGCGCAAUGUAAAACUGCCAAAGCAACAAAGGAAGAAAACGUGUGACUGUGUCAGUAAUGCUGUUAUAUAAUUAUGCUGUUAGCUCUGUUAGGGACAGGGAACCAUUUUCACACAUUUUAACUUAUUUUAACAAGCGGAACUAGGGAAGUUCUUUUUUUGUUUUGAAUAGAAGGGUCAAAUUGUGUGAACUGAAGCAAUUCCUAGACUGAUUCCCAGAAUGAUUCGCAAAUACAGAUUCCUAGAAUGACUGACAUCGAUUCUCAGAUCGAUUCUCAGAUCGAUUCUCAGAUUAAUUACCUGAUCAACUCCCAGAUAUUGAUUGACUCAGGAAAAGAUCCGUUUCUGUCCAGAUCCUGUGCAUAUUUGGACCAGGGGUGAGUUUCUCAGAACCUUUGCAAUGCCCAUUCACCCAUUCAAUGCCCACCUGAAACAAACAUUUUAGAGCCUACAAACGUUUGUGCUUGUGUCUGGAUGUAGGACGGUUUCUCUGGGGGAACUUUAAAAACACAUGGAAACGUAAAAAUAUUUAGCAAAGUCUUUCUGAAAAAGCCUAAAACACUGGGAAACCCACACUAGGUCCAUUAUGGAGUCCUGCCAUUUCUGACUAUAUGUACUAUAGCUCCUUGAAUUAGUUUACACCACUAAUCUCACUGAGAACUAGCGAAGCAAGUCCUAAGUUCCUCUUUAACUACACUACAGGUUUUUGUAUUUUAAAACAGCAAAAGAAAUGGCUUAUGCAUCACUUUUCAUGUUCAGGACAGGGUAUAAGUUGAGCGCAGGGGAAAGGUGGGAGGACAAACUAAACCAGGAAAACUAAAAUAAGAAGAAUGUGGACUGGAGAGGAUAGACAUGCUCAGUGGCUUUUGUGUAUCGUAAAUAUGCUGCCCUUUCUUUGCACACUGUGUCCAGUGUGUGUGUGUGUGUGUGUGUGUGUGUGUGUGUGUGUGUGUGUGUGUGCGUGCGUGUGUGCGUGUGUGUGUAUAUGUGUGUGUGUGUGUGUAUGCUCUACUAAACGUAAUCUACCCCUCAUGCUGCACCUCUUGUAUGCUGCACUGUUGUAGCCUGCCAGUAGAUUCAGACAAAAGACACGUGGGGCCCUAAUUCAAAAUGGCGGGCAAGGUGCAAAAGUCUUAAGUGUAACUACAGCUAAUUUGGUAAUUAGGCAACAUCUAUUUGCUAAUUUAGUACUAUGAGCAAGAUCCCAAUAUGGAACAUCAGUGGAUCAGCUCAGUGGUCCCACACGCUACUCGACAGCUUUAGUUCAUUUAUGAGACACCUUUCUCAGUGAGUGACAUUGCUCUUUAUCCGCCAGUUUAGGGCCCAUGCAGUUCAAUCAGACUUCCCAAAAUGAAUGUAAAACACUGAAACGGCUGCAAAAGUAUGCAACAGUAUUCUUUCUGUAAGCCUUACACAGUUUAGAUGCAUUCCUGACCAAAUUCGUGUUCAUCCAAAUAACAUGCUUCAGUGGCACUCAUCUAAUAAUUUUAAGUCAUUUAUAUAUCAGUGAUUGCUUGUAGAGACCUAUUUGAGAAGCUUUAUGAGCAAUAUGUCGUCGUGGUAUAUGUGGUAGUCGUGUUCAUAAUUAACAUACAUACACUCACUUCCAUUGGAGUUGAUGGCUGAUCAAUGGUAAAUGGUCAUUCUUGAGAGUCAUGCAUGAAUUUAAACUUUCACUAAUGAUGCAUUGCCUUAAUUGUAAAUAAAGGAUAACCUGUGUUAUGUAUGCACUAUGAUAAACAGUAUACAGUAUAGCUGAUGUCAUAUACCUAACAAAUGAUGAAUUAUUUAAUAAGGGAUUGACCAAUUACCGUAUGGUGUCAAAAAUGACCUUUUGUUAUUAUGAUUAAGGGAUUGGUGUGUUUGUGUCUCUGAUAAGGGUUAAUUUGUUAUGCUGUACGUGAAUGCCAUCACCCAAUAAUGUACUUAAUAUUUUCAAAUACCUUCACAAAAUAUGUCAUCUUUUGUUGUGAACCAAAAAUGAAGAUGAGCUGAAAUGGUAUAGUCCAGUUUUUAGGGUUGUGUGCAUUAUUGACGUAAGAACAGGGGUGUCAGACAGGAAUGUAUGCAACUAAUAGAGCUUGAGAAUGGUUUGCAACCAAAUGUAUUUUUGUGCAAUAUUCCAUGCUGACCAUUUGAACCAUGCCAUCCAAGCCAUUAACCAUUACUUCAUGUUAUUACCCUUUUGCACUCUCAUUCAAUAGUUUGGAAUCUCCUGUUAUAAUACACUUUUUGCGUUAUCUAUUAUUUCAGCUUUGUAGAUCAGAAAACAGAAACUAUUAUAAAGCCAAGGUGACAAUAUUUUCCAUAGCAUUAAUGAACUCAUAGGUUACAUAAUCACUAAAUGAUAUGUCUUAAUCAAAGUACUGUACUUGCUUCUAGAUAUGAUCACCACUUGAAAUCACAUAGUGUUCUGGGUAGAUACUGUUGGGAGAAAUUUUUGGUUUGGUGCUUUUCAAAGUAGACUUUUAAUGUGUCCUUUAAGAGUCUCCUUGAAAUAUGACAGACUUUUAAUAUUGCUUUCUUUAAAUUACUUGAAACCUAUGAGCACUCUCAUCAUAUUAGCAACAUUGGUCAUGCCCAACCAUGAAUUUGUUGAAUAUAAGUUUGUAUAUUAAUGUGUAUGAAAAAAACCAAAAUUUAUGACUGGUGAUUCCAAACUUUUGACUGGUUGUGUGGCCAUAAAUGCAGUCCACUGUGAAGACACUGUGGACACCUUGAGUAGGCAAAGACUGACUAAACAUUUUACACCAGCUAAACCUCAGCUGUGUUGUGCACACCAGCAUCUUACACAGGUCUGUAGUAUUAAUGUGAUUAAUUAAUGCGAUUACAGUCAAUCAGUGUUUUAUUAUUUUGAUUUUUAUGAAUUUCAAACUUGAUCAUGCUGUCUGUGAUUCGGAUGCUGUUUAAUUGAAUGUCAGUUUUUCCCAGCAGGUAACAGUGCCCCCUAUAGGCAGUAGAGCAACACAGAGGGGGAAAAAACUAAUGAACAACAUUUAUUUUGUUGUUAUUA